AUGAACAUUGCUUUUGCGGUCACAGUACCGAUUCUGCUUGGCUCAGCGAUUACGGCACCGAUUCUUUAUGGAAAAUACGCGUCACAAAGGGGAAAUGCAGGAUUCACGAAGCCGCACCCUACAACUUUAAUUUCAACCUCGUUGGGUUCACAGACAACCACUUCACUUUUAAAAGAGUUCACUCCCCGGCCGACGGCUCCGUCGGGAAUCUAUCCAACUACGGAACUUGACGACAGUUCCACUCCAUCGAUAACGACAGAGGCGAGUUUUCAUUAUUCCACCGAGGGACCCAAAAACACAUCACCUUCGGAAAUGACCAUGUCAUCUUCCACGACGCUUAUCCCAACGACAUCGUCCUCAGAAGAACUGGAUACAACUGAGUCGGCAACAACGCUUUUUCCAGCAACUGAGGCACCCUCUUCUGAGGAAACCACAACAAAUCUCAUAUCCUUAUCUUCUCGUGCAACUACAAGUCCAAUCACGUUAUCGACAUCCCAUGAGAAAACGAGUCCAAUUGCUGAGACAGCAAGUACAUCUUUUCUGACAGAAUCAUAUUCAAUAUCAACAGAAAACAUGACAGUAACAACAGCAAACACAUCUUCUGCCCCUGUUACUAAGAGUCCUCAAGUCGCGACUUCAACAAACACUCUUAUCUCAUCAAAAACUGAAAGUACUCUCGAGCAAACUACAACUACAACUACAACAAGGACAACAACAACAACUACAGCUUUAACAACAACUACAACCACGACAACAACGACAGAGCAACAGCCUUCUGAAACAUGUAAUUGUCCGCCUGGAUCGUUUUGUUUUAAUACUGGAGAUGGAUUCUAUUGCUUUAAACAAGUCACACUCGUAAAUGUUAGAUACCAGACUUAUAUUAAUUGUGGAAAUAUUCCUGGAGAAACCUCUCUUGUCCAGCAUGGCCAAAAAGGUGGUAACGGCGUCGAACUCGAGUUGAGAAGAGAACCUCAUUAUCUACGGCUAACACCAAGAUUCGAUUCCAACGGGAAUUUCGAUGAUGGUUAUUUAAUAAAUACCCAUGCGUAUAACAACACUGGUGCCGCAGCUUAUCAUAAUGGCAAUAAAGAUGCCGUCUUUCACAAAGACAUGGAUGAAAGUGCAAAAAAUACAAACGAGAAAUGGAGAUUUGAAAAAAAUUGCGAUAACAGUGACAAAGAACUCUGUCUUACAUGGAGAAUAUUGGCUCUUGACGAUAAAGCAGAUAAAUACAUGUAUGCAAAGAGCGCAAGUGAUCCACAUCUUUAUCUGGAGAAAUUCGAUAACAGGGAUGAGAAAGCCUUUCUUUGGACGAUUGAAUUUUCAUAA